AUGGCAGCUUCUACCCAACACCAUUCUAACCGCUUGACAAAAGAGAAAAGUCCGUAUUUGUUGCAACAUGCAGAUAAUCCAGUGGAUUGGUACCCAUGGGGAGAAGAAGCAUUUAAGAAAGCUCGUGAAGAAAACAAACCUAUAUUUCUAAGUGUCGGAUACAGUACAUGCCACUGGUGCCAUGUAAUGGCUCAUGAAUCCUUCGAAAAUGAAGAAAUUGCAAAGAUCAUGAAUGAAAAUUUUGUGAAUGUUAAAG